UCACGAGGGUAGCAGCCCAAGACAUGGCGCCUCUUUUGGCGGGUCCCAGUGCGCCAAGGGACUGGGCCACCUUCGCCUUUUCGGCGUCACCUUCAAUCUCUCGUGGCUGAUUGCGACGCAAGCGCAGGAUGGAGAAAGAGCUGUUUGCGGGCCUGCAUUUCGACCGGCGGCGCUUUAAAAAGGAGAUUGAGCUUUUCAAUAAAGCCCCUGCUCCUGGAAGCUCUGCGUCUCAACCCAUCACUCUCGACUUCACGGCGGCUCCAAAGAGCUCGUUGACUGGUGCUGAGAGACCGUUGAAGAGGGCAAAAGUGCAAGCAGAGACUGGUGUGGAGCUUGCUGGAGGCAAGGCUCCAGAGAGGGCUGGGGGUUCCAAGAAGAAGCGCAAGGGUGCGCCAAUUCCAGACUUGCCAGAUGAUGGAUCCGUGCGGAUCUUUGGGACCAGUGGUGGCGCUUCGCCUGCAGCCAAAGCCGCUGACGAUGCCGGACUCCUUCCGAAGAGCAAGACGACAAAUGACGAGAGGGUUGCCCUCCUUAGAAAAGAGUUCAAGAUCAAGGUCGCCCCCUCCCAGGGGGUCCCUGCGCCCCUCGCCAACUUUUCAGAGCUCCGCACACUCUUCUCAUGCCCGCGGUACCUCUUAAAUAACUUGGCAGAGAGUGGAUACUCGGAGCCAACGCCUAUCCAGAGACAGGCCAUUCCAGCGAUGCUGAAGGGACUGGAGGUGUUUGCCUGUGCGCCUACUGGUUCUGGCAAGACGGUGGCCUUUCUGCUUCCUAUUCUGUUGAGCCUGAAGGCUCCCUCGAAAGACGGCGUGCACGCCAUCAUCCUCAACCCCACCCGCGAGCUGGCGCUCCAGACGCACCGGGAGCUCAAGAAGCUGAUCCAGGGCCGCAAAUUCCGGGCGCGCAUCAUGACCAAGGCCACCGCCACAAGCGUCGACUUUGCGGCAUCCCCGUGCGACAUCCUUGUCUCCACGCCGCUGCGAUUGGACCACCUGGUCAAAGAGCAGAAGAUCGACCUCAGCAGGGUGCAGCACUUAGUUCUGGACGAGGCGGACAAGCUGUUCGAGAUGGGCUUCGUGGAGCAGAUUGACGGCAUCGUGGCGGCGUGCAUUCGUCCCGGCAUCCAGCGUGCACUUUUCAGCGCCACGCUGCCGGACACCGUCGAGGAGCUCGCGCGCUCCAUCAUGCACGACCCCGUUCGCAUCGUCGUGGGGGACAGGAAUAGCGCCUCCAAGACGGUGAAGCAGAAGCUUGUCUACGUGGGUAGCGAGGAAGGCAAGCUGCUGGCGAUCCGGCAGAUGUUCCAGCAGGGCCUGCAUCCGCCAGUUUUGGUUUUCGUCCAGAGCAAAGACCGGGCCAAAGAGCUGCAUAAGGAGCUGGCGUACGACGGCGUCAAGGUUGACGCCAUCCAUGCCGACAGGACGCAGGCACAGCGAGAGCAUGCCGUAGAUUCGUUUCGAGCCGGCGGGACGUGGGUGCUCAUCGCAACGGACCUGAUGGGUCGCGGCAUGGACUUCAAGGGCGUGAACCACGUGGUCAACUACGACUUCCCGCCCUCCAUCGCAUCGUACAUCCACAGGAUCGGCCGCAGUGGUCGGGCAGGGCGGCCGGGUGAAGCGACCACGUUCUACACGGAAGACGACACCCCGAUGCUGCGCUCGAUCGCGAACGUGAUGAAGGCGUCCGGCUGCGAGGUCCCGGAUUGGCUGCUGGCACUGCCCAAGCAGGGGAGGCACCGAAAGAACCACGUGCCGAAGAGGAAGCCGAUCAGCACGGUGCCCCGGGCUGAGAUCCAAGCCGCGAAGAGAAAGCGGGAGAUGAUUGCGGGCUCCAAAAGGAGGAAGGCGAAAGCUGCUCAAAGCGCGCCAGCUUAGAAUACGAUUCGUGGCAUAUUUGUACAUAGCCCUGUUGAGGGCCGAGAGAUCAAAUCAAGAGCGGUGCGCGAAAGAUACGCGACCGGCCGCUUGAAAGCCAAUCCACUCCCAAGAAUUUGUGAGGAAGGCGAUUUUCCCCUGAUUGAAGCAUAAAUAGAGGAGUGCAUCCUUCCCUCUUGCGCUGGCGCGCUCUGUAAUUCUAGCCAGUCAGCCAGACUGUCAAGUUAGGUAGCUGCGGCGUGCGAUACAUUGGUUGACCGUAGCUCCCGGUUUGAGCCUAUACUUUUGUUUGCUCUGUAGCAUCAUGGAACCUGGACGCGACGGCUCUGUCUGUCAGGUCCACCGACCCGACACUGCUGUUUUAGCAGCUGAUAUCCGAAUUGCAUAAUCU